AGCUGAAUAAGACACACAUGGGUUGCUGUAACAAAAAAUGUGGUUUGAUUGCCACAGUGAUUGUGGGUGGUAUAUUGGUUAUACUUGGUGGGAUUAUUAACGUUGUGUUUGAAGAUCUUUUCAACCAAAUACUCUUACAGGAAAGCGUUAUCGCAGUUGGUACGCUUAUGUAUGAUAACUGGAUCGAAGUAGCAACUCCAACAUAUUUAUCUUACUACCUGUAUAACAUGACAAACGGCGACGAAUUUCUAGCUCCAAGAAAACCAUACGUGAAACCAAAUCUACAAGAAAUCGGGCCUUAUGUUUUUAGGGAGUACCUUUCCAAAGACACAGUGCAUUUUCUUGAUGAUGACGUCCCACAACAAGUAUAUUAUCGACAAAAGACAAUGAUUGUGUUCGACCGUGAAAGAUCCGCAGGAGAUCUAAGUGACUUGGUUACCACUGUUAACCCUAUUGGCGCUAGCAUGCCCGCAAUCGUGGACUUUGUAUUUUCUCAACGAAACCAAACAACACCAAAUGCAAUCUAUUCCGCUUUGAACACUAUAUACCGUACUACUGGAACCGAAUUAAUAUUCACACGAUCCGUAAACGACAUCUUAUUCGGUUUUCAAGAUAAUUUUUUUGACUUGAUCGCGAAUCUUGUGAAUGAAACAACGGGUGUUGAAAUUCCAGAUUUUGGACUUUUUUCAACGUACAACGAUUCCCGCGGCUGGUUCGACUACCAAGUAUACACUGGAAAAGAUGCGACUGAUUUAACCAACAUAAUAACUGCCUAUAAGAAUCAAACGGAACUAAAUUACUGGGGGUCAAAAGAAUGCAACAUGCUUAACGGAACUGAUGGAACGACUACCCCGCCAUUCAUGACACAAGAAAACCCAGUUUAUUUCUUUGUAGAUGAUAUUUGCAGGUCAAUUUAUGCCACGUUUGUUGAAGAAGUUGUACUUGAACGUGUACCAGGUUGGAAGUACGCUGUACCACCAGAAGUGUUUCAGUGCCCUGAUAAAAAUCCAAACAACCUUUGUUUUUGCCCGGAUACAACCAGCCCGUUAUGUCAUCAUGAUGGAGCUAUUUUGAUCAACAGAUGCCAAUUUGGUGCUCCCAUUAUGAUAAGUUCACCACACUUCUUGUACGGUGAUGGUUUCUACCUAAACAUGACGACGGGUAUCGAACCACCAAACGUAUUAGAACAUGAAGCUGCACUUGUGUAUGAACCUUUUACAGGGGCAGCAAUUAAGGCGGACAAACGAUUACAAAUCAAUAUCCUUUUAAAGCCAACUCCUAAAAUAAAUGUUUUUAGUAAAAUCAACGAAGAAUUAGUUUUUCCAGUCGUUUGGAUAAACGAAAGUGCAACCGUUGGUAAAUCUGAUGCAGAUCUACUGUAUGGGUUACUUGUCCUGCCAGCAGAAGUUGUUUACAUUCUACAAAUUAUUCUAUGUAUUCUUGGUUCGCUUUUAUUUCUUGGACCUUUGUUCUAUUUUGUCGUUCUCCAUUACAGUAAUGUUGACGAAAAGGACACCCGUAAACCAAACGGUGCAGUGCCUGAAAUGAAAUCUUAUAACGUUUAUGAGAAUGAAAAUGUAUUUGAUGACGUUAAAGAAUAUAAAAUUGGCGAACCUGAACAUACUAACACACGUGUAACAUCGACAACGUCGACCACGGAGUUAAUUGAAAACCAAAAAGGAAUGAAGUUUUAAAAAAGAAGCCUACCUCGAAUAUUGAAGUCACACAUUGUGCAUUUAAAUACAUUAUAUUCAACUUUUACCGUACCUAUUGAAGCGCAAAGAACAUAACAGUAAAAUUUCAGUAAAAUAAAAAAUUUUGCCGAAAGUAAAAUUUCGGAAAUUUUACUUUCGGCAAAAUUUCCGAAAACUCAAUGUUUUGCAUUUAGGCCAGUUGUGUAAUGAUAGUGGUUUCUUUUUCAUUACCAUAAAAAGUAAUGUAAAAAAUAGGUAUCAAACUGCAUGAUUUUACGUGUAGCCUAUUUUUUUGUGUACAGCUGUUUCGUAAAAAGAGAGUUCAUUUCCACGUUCAGUUUAUCUCAGUAAAACGUUUUUUUUUAUGUAGAUCCAUUUUCGCUGUAAUAAACUAGAUUUAAAGCUG